CUCAGCAGGGUUGUUUCCUGGUCGUCUCUAGCAACCUGCUGCAAACAACUGGCCCCUGUGUUUGCGGUUUUUGCCCCUCGGUCGCUGCUGCAUGCGUCCAGCUGUGGUGUCUCCAGCAUGUGUCGACGCUGAGGCUCGGUGUGGACCCCCCCCCGGCUCCAUGGUGCUGCCGUCUCCGCCCGGGGUUGCAGUCUGGCCUCCAGCCGCCGCCGCGGAUCAGCUCCAGCUCCCAGCGUCGCCUCGCUCUGUUUAUUUCAUAAAGAUGGCGGUGAGGGGGACACUGUGAACUAAAUGACUGUCAGAAACAUCGCCUCCAUUUGUAAUAUGGGCACCAAUGCCUCUGCCCUGGAGAAAGACAUCGGCCCGGAGCAAUUCCCAAUCAAUGAACACUACUUCGGAUUGGUCAAUUUUGGAAACACGUGUUACUGUAACUCGGUGCUGCAGGCCCUUUACUUCUGCCGGCCUUUCCGGGAGAACGUGCUGGCCUACAAGGCCCAGCAGAAGAAGAAGGAGAACCUGCUCACGUGCCUGGCUGACCUCUUCCACUCCAUCGCCACACAGAAGAAGAAGGUGGGCGUCAUCCCGCCCAAGAAGUUCAUCUCUCGGUUACGGAAGGAGAAUGAUCUGUUUGACAACUACAUGCAGCAGGACGCCCACGAGUUCCUCAACUAUCUGCUGAACACGGUGGCAGAUAUCCUGCAGGAGGAGAAGAAGCAGGAAAAGCAGAAUGGGCGCCUCAAGAACAACGGCACUGCUGCCACGACCGAGACGGAGAUGGAGAACAAAACCGAGCCCACGUGGGUCCACGACAUCUUCCAAGGCACGCUGACCAACGAGACGCGCUGCCUCAACUGUGAAACGGUAAGCAGCAAAGAUGAAGAUUUUCUGGAUCUUUCCGUGGAUGUGGAGCAGAACACAUCAAUCACACACUGUCUCAGGGACUUCAGUAAUACAGAGACUUUGUGCAGUGAAUACAAAUACUACUGUGAAACAUGCUGCAGCAAGCAAGAAGCACAGAAACGGAUGCGCGUGAAGAAGCUUCCUAUGAUCCUGGCGCUACACCUCAAGAGAUUUAAGUACAUGGAGCAGCUGCACCGCUACACCAAACUGUCCUAUAGAGUGGUUUUCCCCCUGGAACUCCGCCUGUUUAACACGUCUGGGGACGCGGUCAACCUGGAUCGUAUGUACGAUCUGGUGGCGGUGGUGGUUCACUGUGGAAGUGGUCCUAACAGAGGUCAUUACAUCACCAUAGUGAAGAGUCAUGGUUUCUGGCUGCUGUUCGACGACGACAUUGUGGAGAAAAUCGACGCUCAGGCCAUCGAGGAGUUUUACGGCCUUACUUCAGACAUUUCCAAGAACUCUGAGUCGGGUUACAUCCUUUUCUACCAGUCCAGGGAGUGACUCUGGAGGAGACUGAAUAGGAGAAAUAUUUUUGUUCCUUCUUUUUCUUACCUUCAGCGUAACGGGGCCCCGACUCCUGCCAUCUCAGCCCGGACCUCCUCCCUCCGCCUCUCUGACGUACGUGCCAAUCCUGUUGCCCAGACCUCAUCCUGUGGGUUUUACCUGUGCUGUUUCUUUCUCUCUCUGUAGUCUGACUGUUGUCUUUUAGUCACCUGCAUCUGGACUGCACUUUAAAACAAAAGCAAAAAUGCUCAACAGCGUGAUGGGGAAAAAACAAAAACAAAAGGAAUCAAGGUGAAGCUCGGUGUUGCUGCUGGUAGAACCCUGCAGAGGUGAUAAACCCCAGGGUCUGCUGCACAUACAGACACUUGUCAGAAACGCAGUUUGUUGUAUAUAACGUGUACUUCCAUGAUGUGGCGCCUAAUCAUAACUCCUUUCAUUAGGGCUAUUUCUUCCAUCAGCAUCCAGUACUUCCAUUCCUGAUGAUUCUUCAAGAGUUUAUUACUUUGAAUUGGGAGCAGGAGAACUUGUUUUCACACUCUCUGUGAGUAUAGUUUAGCAGGAAUGCAUUAGAAUAUGUGAGUGUAAAAACAAGGAAGCCUGCAGUCAGUUGACAUGAAGUUGUUCUUGAUCAAUGAUGGUGACCUUCCCGAAAUUUGAUGCAUCUAUGUCUCACGCGGAUGCAUGAGUCACGAAUGAAGACGGAGACAAACACUGUAUAAUGUGCGUAGAAGCUUCUUGUAUUUCUAAAGGAUUUGAACUCAUUUCUGAACGUUACUCAUUGCGAACACAAAAGUUCGACACCCCUCUAGCUGUAAAAUGUUUGUUUGAUCAGAUUUGAUCAGAACGCUGACACUAUCAAACUGAGCCAAAUACUCUCAACACUACACAUGGAUAUCUGGAAUCAGCUUAAUCUUUAUAUACAACACACACAGUUGUUUCAUAUGGAAAAAUACCUAUUUAUUAUACAGAACAUAUUUAUUGCUUUUAUUAUUUGUUUUAACUGGUAGAUAAGUAAAGUUUGUGCAAAGCAACAAACUCCCAGGAUGAAGGACAUACACGAUAUGUCACAAUACAUUGGACGGUUACAUUAAAGAUGUACUAUGACUUUUGUUCAAUUGCAGACAGUAUGAACCAAAGGUGUUAAAUGUCCUGUGUCAUGAGCUUCGUCAUGCUAAAAAAAAACACGAUACAAAGUGACACGUCGUGCUAUUUUGUCGUUUCUGGUGCCUCCUCAUCCCAGACCCUGAUUUCUGGUCUUCCUGCUGGUAACACUCGGCCCGCCACCUCAUAUUUUCUGGCCCGCGAGAACAUACAAAGAUUAUUUUGUAUUUUCAGCAAAAUUCAGUUUUAGAGAAAUUCAUGGAUGAUAAUUAGAUGUCUCACAAUACAUUUUAAAUGUUGCUGCCUGAGCCAUAAUGACAUCAACCCACCGGAUGGAAGUAUCUCAAAUUAAACUAUUUCUUACAACAGAUAAUUCAUAGAUUUGAAAUGCAAAUCUCUAAAAAAAAAAAAAAAAGUAGUAAAAAAUUCAUAGAAAAAAGGGAAGCUAAAACAUGUUUCUGCCAAAUGGAGACAAACCAUCAAUUUUUUUUAUUUUUUGAUAACCAGAAAGCAGAUUUGGCUGUCAGAUCUCUGCUACACAUAUACAAUAGUAAUACUUUUAUAUGUACUAUUAAUAGUUAAAUACAGAGGUUGUGUAAAAAUCUUUUUAUUAAAGUAGAAAUAUUUAAACAAUCUGGCUUUUGCUGUACAACUGGUCCCUUGACAACAUGUGAGAACAUGAAACAUCCUGGUUUCAUACUCUGCAAUGAAAUAAGUCAUUGUAAGAAUCACUGCAUUUUGCUUGUUUGCAUCUUCCACGACCACGCGGUCUUUAUUUGAGGUUUUUAAUGGUGAAAUGGUUCUUAAAGUUGGACCCUUGUGGUACACGUGCUCAAGGGAAGCAUAACGGAUUAACAUGAUGUGAGAGAUGCAUCAUUAAACUACCUUAUCUUUUAAAAUGAAAAAGUGAAAGUAGUGCAAUAUGCAAUGAAGGACUAUUCCUACUUGUACAUUUGAUUGUUGUGAUAAUGUGUUUUAUUUUCUCCCAGUGCUGUUUGUCUGUGAUGGUGAAGAAAAUUCUCCAGAAAGUCGGCUACAACAUAUCUUUAAAUUUUUUGUUUUUUUCUGCAGUUUUCUCUUUAUUUGUCUCUGACUUUGCUGAUUAUAAAAUGUUUAUGUCAUACGAAGCACACCAACACCCUGAAACCCCCAUCCAGUUACAAUUCAAGCAUCCUUGUUGUGAUUGCAUCCUCUGUAUCGUAGAUGUUAGCUGUUCCAGUGGUAACAGCCAACAUCAAACAUGUUUCCAUGUGUGUGUCACAUUCCUGUUUGCUGCACAUCAGCAGAAAUUUCCUGACCAUUUCAAACACAUUUCAUCAUAUAUAAGUAGGAGUAGGAUUAAUCUGUUAGGCUAGUGUGUGAAUCUACGCAGGAGAAACAGAAGUGAAGGUAUAACAUGAAACGUUUCUGCUGUCUCUUCCAUGAUUCCUGUGACAGGGGGAAAAGUUGUGAGGAAUACGUGCCAAACCGAACUCACUACUGAACUUGCAACUUUAUUAGAGAAUUGUGUUCUUUGUAAAGAUACAAUUGUACAUAUAUAUUAUGUAGAAAAACGCUUCUGGGAAUAGGAAAAUAUUUUUUUAAAGUGAAGAUCUUAAAAUGGCAAAGAUUUCGGCGAAUGGCUGACCAAUAAUGAAGAAAUGCUGUGCUUUUACAAUCACACCUGCAUAACAAGUCAGAAUUGUGAAGACACCACCAUCUGUCCCAUUAUUCUUGGCUGCACCAGAGAAGGAAAAUGUGUCAGGAACAGUGCGAGAUAUGUAAGGGGGGGGGACGAGACACUUAAACACGCAGAUCUUCCAUUAACACUUAUGCACUCACCUUCACUGAGACCCUUAUUCAUUGCACUAGCUCCUACAUGUUCAACUGUGAUGGUGAGUUCGGGUGCAGGGAGUCCUGCACCUGGUGGCGCACGAUUGAGCCUCUGUGAGGGAAAGAAGAGAUGACUGAGUCUCCAUUUGGUGGUUAAUUGCAAGUGCACUUUAUUAGUGAUGAGCUUCAAUGCUUUAACAAGACAAACCACAGUCUAACACAAGUGUGUUUUUCUUCUGUACAAUAAAAU